AUGGCUAGAGAAGCAGCCAUUUUUCUAUGUUUUUUGAUUGUUGUUAUGGAUGUCACAGCUGGAAUUCUUGGAAUUGAGGCUGAAAUUGCUCAAAACAAGGUUAAACACUUGAGAUUGUGGAUAUUUGAGUGUAGAGAUCCAAGCCAUAAGGCUUUCAUGCUUGGGUUAGGUGCAGCAAUACUUUUGUCUCUAGCCCAUGUUAUAGCCAAUUUGCUAGGUGGUUGCAAUUGUCUUUGUUCUCAAGAAGAGCUUCAAAAGACUUCACCCAAUAGACAACUCUCAAUGGCUUGCCUCAUUUUAACAUGGAUUGUUUUGGCUGUUGGAUUGAGCAUGCUUGUGAUAGGGACUGCAACAAACAACAAAUCAAGGGGUUCUUGUGGUUUCACACACCAUCAUUUCUUAUCAAUUGGUGGAAUUUUGUGUUUUGUUCAUGGCUUAUUCUGUGUUGCUUAUUACGUUUCUGCCACUGCCUCUUAA